AGGGCUCCUGCCAGUCCUGCCGGCCUCCCCCGCUCGGCCCACGCUGCUGGCACCAGGCUCCGACGCCGCUCAGCCUGGGAGAAUGGCAGCUCCGCGCACCCUGUGGCUGGCGCUGGUCCUGCUGGGGGCCCUGGGCGUCCUGCAGACCCCGGCCCAGGCCCAGGCCUCCGUGCAGCCCAACUUCCAACAGGACAAGUUCCUGGGGCGCUGGUUCACCGCGGGCCUCGCCUCCAACACGAGCUGGUUCCGGGAGAAGAAGGCCGUCCUGUCCAUGUGCUCGGCCGUGGUGGCCCCGGCUUCUCCCGGGGACGGGGACGGGGACGGCGUCCUGAACCUCACCACCACCUUCCUCAGGAAAGACCGGUGUGAGACCCGGAGCCUGCUGCUGCGGCCAGCGGGCCCCCCCGGCUGCUACAGCUACACGAGUCUCCACUGGGGCAGCUCGCAGGACGUGUGGGUGGAGGAGACGGAUUACGGAGAGUACGCUCUGCUCUACGCCGCGGGCUCCGGAGACCACGGCUUCCACAUGGCCACGCUCUACAGCCGCACCCAGACCCCGCGGGCUGCCGUGAAGGAGAAAUUCACCACCUUCGCCCGGGCCAAGGGCUUCACAGAGGAGGACAUUGUCUUCCUGCCGAAGACGGAUAAGUGCCUGGAGGAGCAGCAGUAGGCAGGUGACCCAGCCCUCAGGACCUGGCCGCCCGCCCUGCUCCAUCCUCUCCGUGACCCCAAGUCCCCAGCUCUGGCUCCCCGACCACCACUCCGCCCCCUUGGCUUUAGCCUGCCUCGACAAUAAAAUCUAGAAGCAACUCA